GCAUCGAUCCGAGGACUGAGCUAAGCUAACAGAGAGAAAUUCAAACCCUAAUCCAAUCCCGCGACGCCAAUCUCCCGAAACCAAUGUCCAAUCUCCGAGGAGUCCUGACCAACGUAUCUUCCUACUGUCAACGUUCCUUCUCUCAAUCGGUUCUGCUAUGGCGGCGAUCCGUAGUCAACCCUACUCCCAACAACAACAUCGCUCAAACCCAACACAGACACAUCUCCACGACGCUUACGAAACCGGCGUCGUCGAAACACAGCGGCACGGAGCAAGGCGUGAAGCGAAACAGCGCGGAUCACAGACGCAGACUUCUCGCGGCGAGAUUCGAGCUGAGAAGGAAGCUGUACAAGGCCUUCUGCAAAGACCCGGAGCUUCCUAGCGAGAUGAGAGAGAAGAACCGUUACAAGCUGUCGAAACUGCCGAGGAACAGUGCGUUCACGAGAAUUAGGAACAGGUGUGUGUUCACUGGUCGGUCUCGGUCCGUGACGGAGCUGUUUCGGAUGUCUAGGAUCUGUUUCCGUGGGUUGGCGAAUAAAGGGGAGUUGAUGGGUAUAAAGAAAUCGUCUUGGUAAGGGGGCUUUUUUUUGCAAGGGAAGUGACCGAACCAUACAAGAAUCAAACAACUUUUGGCGGCUACUGUGUAAUGAUUCAUUACAGACACUUUAGUUAUGAUCUCGUUUUAAAGACUCUUAUAACACAAAGGGCUGCUUCCUUUUGUUAUGAUCUCGUUUUAAAGGUUGUGGAAGUUAUUCUAGCGAUUCUCGUUGAAUAAGAUUUAACACUUGUCGAAAGCGUUGUUCUUUUUUUAUGAUCUCGUUUUAAGGAUUGUGAAGUUAUUUUGUUGUUGAAAAAACAAAGCCAUAAGGUUUGAUGCA